GCAGAAUUCCUGUUUGGGUAGCAAUGCCCACAUUUUACCUUCUCCAGUUUUAAUGGGAGAAAAGUAUGUCUUGGACACCAUGCCAAUGGUCCGUAGCAUUUUGAGAGUUAUUUUCAGUAAAUAUUUUCAUUUUUUUGACUUGUGAGAAACAGACAAAUAAGAUGGUAACAGCUGGGGACUUACAUUACAGAAACUAAAGUUCUUCCAAGCUUUGGGCUUUAAAAAUGCAAAGUUUGCAAGAGAUGGUUGUCCUCUGCAAAACCCAUCACAGAAACAAACAUAAAGCACCCUUUGUUCCAUUGUGGUGUUCUUAAGGCUCCUCCGUUUGCUUCCUCUUUGACAACCUUGGAGAAGCUGCGAAAGAGAACUUCCAGUUAUUGGGAAAGGAAUCCCAUGGUAAUGAGCUUUAGCUAGAGAAGAAGCGGCUAGAGGAAACCUUGACGACAGAAAGACUCAGACAGAGUUCUUCCCCAGAGGUGACAUUUUUCUUGCCCCUUCUGGCACCCGGGUAUGGCUCCUUGCAUUGAGCAAUGAUACACCUGAAAGCCUUCAUACACCCAAAGCCCAAAGCAACGAUCGCCUCGCCUUUGCUUCUUCCCAUAACAACAUGAGAUGGUGCUGCUAAGGUGAUAUUGACUCGCUUACAGGCUGGAAGACACCACCUUGCCGGGAGAGUUUCCUUCCCUCCUUUUUUGCCUUGCAAACAAAUUACUCUGAUGGAUGGGGGACGGUGGUGACACCAUGUAGAAGGUGCUGACGGGGUGUCCUAACUGAGUUGCAAUGGUUUUAUACACUUCCCCAUUUCCCAACGGCUUUCUAUCAGCACUGCACUCUUUUUCCUGGGGCUUAAUCUUCCCAUGUUACUGGAUCGGAGACCGGCUUGUGGGCUCUUUUGUGCCGACCACGUACGAGAAGCGCCAACGGGGAGAUGACCCGUGCUACUUCCACGCCCUGUGCAUUAUCAUCACCACUCCCAUCUACUUAGCCCUCUUGGCGGUUUCGCUUCCUUUCGCCCUCAUCGGCUUCCUGUUAUGGUCCCCUCUCCAGUCAACGAGGCGACCGUAUGUCUACUCCAGGGUGCAGGACAAAAGCCACAUCCACGGCAGCACGUUGCUCACAGAGUGGAAGGCUUCCAGCAAUGGGAAGAGCUUUUGCUUUGGCUCCGCAAAUGUCUGCUUGCUCCCGGACUCCUUGGCCCGACUCAACAAUGUGUUCAACACGCAGGCGCGGGCGAAGGAAAUCGGCCGGCGGAUCCGCAACGGCGCCAGCAGGCCUCAGAUCAAGAUCUACAUAGACUCCCCCACCAACACGUCCAUCAGCGCUGCGAGCUUCAGCAGCCUGGUCUCGCCUCAGGGUGGAGAAAGCAAUAACCGGGCCGUCAAUGCCGGACUCAAGCGGACGACGUCCAUGGAGUACAAGGGGGAUAACUCCGGCUCCAACAACAGCGAAGAGAACAAAGCUGGAGGAGAAGCCAACGAGGGAGAAGAUGGCAACACUUGCAUUGUCCGUAUUGGUGGAGAGGACAACGGCCACAUUUCAGACCCAGAAGCAGACGGGUUGGGUGGCCAGGUGAAUAAUAACAAGGGGCCAGUGGACCGCUCCCCCGAAGCCGAGGCUGAAAGCCUGAAAGGUCAGACACCCAACCAUAAGCAGAAGGAAGGGGACUCUGGAAGUUUGGAUAGCUACACCGCUUCGCGAGAGUCCUUAGUCAAGGCACGCGCUGGAGAUGGCCCCGUGGACCAAAGCACCAUCAACAGCAAACUCCUCUACAAGGCCUCGCUCAUGAAGAAGACCUCCGUGAGAAAAAAGAGGAACACCGACGAGCCCUUUGACCACGAGAUCUCCGCUUUCUUCCCUGCCAACUUGGACUUCCUGUGCCUCCAGGAAGUGUUUGACAAAAGGGCGGCGGAGAAGUUGAAAGACCAGCUCCACCAUUACUUUGAAUACAUUCUGUACGAUGUGGGAGUCUACAGCUGCCAUGGCCACUGUACAUUUAAGUUUGUGAACAGUGGCCUGCUUUUUGCCAGCCGUUAUCCAGUCAUGGAUGCUGCCUAUCACUGUUAUCCCAAUGGGAAAGGAACGGACUCCCUGUCCUCGAAGGGGGCCCUGUUUCUCAAGGUGCAAGUGGGAAGUACACCUCAGGACCAAAGAAUUGUGGGAUACAUUUCCUGCACUCACUUGCAAGCCCUGGCAGGGGACACGACUGUCCGAUGUGAACAACUGGACUUGCUUCAGGAUUGGCUGGCUGAUUUCCGAAAAUCUACCUCCUCCUCCAGCACAGCCAACCCAGAGGAGCUGGUGGCGUUCGAUGUUCUCUGCGGAGAUCUCAACUUUGAUAAUUGCUCAUCAGAUGACAAGCUGGAGCAGCAACAUUCCUUGUUUACUCGCUACAAGGAUCCGUGCCGCAUUGGUCCAGGGGAGGACAAGUCAUGGGCAAUUGGUACCUUGUUAGAUCCAGAGGGACUCUAUGAUGAGGAAGUGUGCACUCCAGACAACCUACAAAAGACGAUGGAGAGCGAAGAUGGAAGGAAAGCUUUCCUUGUCUUUCCGACCAGCAAGAGCCAUGCCUCGAGCCAAAAGGGGAGGAAGGGGGCUCUGAAGGGCAACGGAAGGCGCAUCGACUACAUGCUUUACGCCGAAGAAGGACUCUAUCUCGAGUGGAAAGUGGAAGUCGAAGAGUUCAGUUUCAUUACCCAGUUGGCGGGACUCACAGACCACCUUCCCGUCGCCAUGCGCCUGAUGGUUUCAAUGGGAGAAGAGGACUCUUAAAGAUGGACUCUGGGAUUUCUUUUUCCCUAAGGGUUGAGAAGAGGGAACUUCCAAACUUGUGACCCAGAUGCAGGAAGACAAAAGGAAAAAGAAGAAAGAGUGGGUUUUUUACUCGCCUCCCCCGCCCCUCACGGACAGCGCAAGAGGGACCACGCUUGACUCCAACCCCAACGAUCCUACAGCUGCAACUUCACCGGCUUUUCCAGCUCCUCUCCAUCCGCAUCUAGCUCGGAGGAUGUUCAAAAGGGAAGCGAAGAACGUAUGUGGAUGAGUGUAAGGGGAGGUGAGGCGGGGUGGGAGCCAACCCACCGGAAAGGGUCACAAGUUGCCCAAGUGGCUGGGCAAGCCUAUAUUUCUAUACUUUCACUGUGGACUGAAAGGAAGCACGACAGAAGUCCCGAUUUCUUUGAACCAGUGCCAUUCUUACGAAACAAUGUUUUUAUACAUAUACAUAUAUAUGUAUAUAUAUCUAAUAUAUAUAUACAUACGGAUAUAUAGCACAAUUUAGUUUGUAAUCGGUCUGUGUUAGUGCUGCUCCAGAAGCAAUGUUUUGCAUCUUUUCUUUAUAUAUACCCUUAACAAGCUACUGCUUAAUUUCUCUUUUUAAAUACUUUCCCUCUUUCUCUCUCUUUUUUUUCUUCUUUUAUUAGCCUGUUAAUGUUGUAGUAGCAUGCCUGGACCGGAAGCAUGCGUCUGCAUUGCAUGCCGCUCACUUUGAAAUGGAAUGGUCUUUUGUGGUGCCGUUGGGUUGGACGAGCGGGUGGCAGGGAGGGACAAGGACUGCGAGGAGAAGCCAGGAACCAAAGCUCUCAAGACAGACUUUUACAACGUCACGUACCCGAGUGCCAAGCCUGAUAGGAGAUGUUCAGAGGCAGUGGGAGCAUGAUUCGUAUAGGCUACAAUUGGGCCCUGAAACAUGUUCUACGCAUGCUUUCCAAAGAAGAUUUUCAAGGAGAACCUGAGUCAAGUGAUCACGGAUUACCUAGGCUGUAUCAGUUCAACAUGGAGGUCAUGACGUUAGACAGACAAAUAAUGUUGUUGUUGGAAAAAUUAUUAUGCCAUCAUAUAGCUGCUUGUUCAAAUCCAUCUCCCAACACAUUAGAUUCCUGCAUGGAGAAAUUAGGAGUAAGACGAUAAUUAGGUUCGUUGUUGAAGGCUGUCAUGGCCGGAAUCACUGGGUUGCUGUGAGUUUUCCGGACUCUAUGGGCAUGUUCCAGAAGCAUUCUCUCCUGACGUUUCACCCACAUCUAUGGCAGGCAUCCUCAGUGGUUGUUGAGUCUGUUGGAAACUAAGCAAAUGGGGUUUAUAUAUCAGAUUGGGAGAGAGAACUCUUGUCUGUUUGAGGCAAGUGUGAAUGUUGCAAUUGAUUGCCUUGAUUAGAAUUGAAUGACCUUGCAGAUUCAAAGCCUAUUUAUUUACAGUAUUUAUAUUCCGCCCUUCUCACCCCGAAGGGGACUCAGGGCGGAUCACAUUACACAUAUAAGGCAAACAUUCAAUGCCUUAACAUAGAACAAAGACAAACGCAGACUCCGAGCUGGCCUCGAACUCAUGACCUCUUGGUCAGAGUGAUUUGUUGCAGCUGGCUGCAGCUGGCUGCUCACCAGCUUGCGCCACAGCCCGGGCUUGGCUGCUUCUUGCCUCAAACAGACUAGAGUUCUCUCUCCCAUCCUGGACGUUCCACAUACAGUAGAGUUUCACUUAUCCAACAUAAACGGGCCAGCAGAACGUUGGAUAAGCGAAUAUGUUGGAUAACAAGGAGAGAUUAAGGAGAAGCCUAUUAAACAUCAAAUUAGGUUAUGAUUUUACAAAUUAAGCACCAAAACAUCAUGUUAUACAACAAAUUUGACAGAAAAAGUAGUUCAAUAUGCAGUAAUGCUACGUAGUAAUUACUGUAUUUACGAAUUUAGCACCAAAAUAUCACAAUGUAUUGAAAACAUUUGACUACAAAAAUGCGUUGGAUAAGCGCAUAUUGGAAAAGUGAGACUCUACUGUAUAUAUAAACUCUACUUGCCUAGUUUCCAACAGACCUCACAACCUCUGAGGAUGCCUGCCAUGAAUGUGGGCGAAACGUCAGGAGAGAAUGCUUCCGGAAUAUGGCCAUAAAACCCGGAAAACUCGCGGCUACUGAGUGAUCAUUAGGUUGUGCAAAUGCAACCACCAUCUUCAGUUUGGAAUGGUUUUGUUCAGAUAGGACUGUACCACCAUAUUCUACCCAAUGCAUAACAUAUCAUAAUCAUUAUCAUCAUUAUACUCCAUUUUUCUCUCUUGAUCAAGACUCAAAGCAGCCAAAACCUGGCCCAAAAGACUCUCAAAGUCUAUGGGCUGCUUUUGCUGUUUAGCAGAAUCUUGCUCGCUUCCAGUACUGUCUGGAGGGUGAGAAGUGGCUGAGAUGGCCAAUGCCAAGUGCCGUAGUCCAUCUCUGCAUCUUCAAAACAUGCAAAGCAAUCCGGACAAAGAGAAUCUGGCUUAGAUGCUGGACCACGCUAACAACCACUGUGUCAGACUACACAGAGAAGCCAUUGAAAUCCACAAGCAUGUGGACAAUUUCAACAAAAAGGAGGAAACCGUGAAAAUGAACAAAAUCUGGCUACGAGUAUUAAUCAAUUCUAAAAUCUAGGCAGUAAAUAAAGAGCAACACUCAGAAAACAGGGGAAUGUCAGACAUGAAUCAAUCAAGGCUGGCUAACACCUCCCAACAAAGGAUUCCCCCGGGCAGGAAGCAGUCAAGCUUUAGGCUAUUCAGUGCUAACCAUGGUGGCGACUUGCAAUAUUCACACUUGCCUCAAGCAGACAAGAGUUCUUUCUCCCACCCUGUGCAUUAUUUCACAGAUAGAUAAACCCCGCUUAUGUUGGAUAAGUGAGACUCUACUGUAUGUGGAACAUCCAGGUUGGGAGAGAGAACUCUUGUUUGUUUGAGGCAAGAAGCAGCCAGGCUUUGAAUCUGCAAGGCCAUUCAAUGCUAAUCGAGGUGAUCAAUUGCAACAUUUACACUUGCCUCAAACAGACAAGAGUUCUCUCUCCCAAUCUGAUAUAUAAACCCCAUUUGCUUAGUUUCCAACAGACCUCACAACCUCUGAGGAUGCCUGCCAUAGAUGUGGGUGAAACGUCAGGAGAGAAUGCUCCUGAGACAUGGCCAUACAGCCUAGAAAACUCACAGCAACCCAUUUCAAGGACAACCGUUCUCCAAGGACUUCAUCCCACGUAAUAAGUAAAAUGUCGGGGAUCAUUGUUUCCCCCUUAAACUUCACAAGGCUCCCUUUGGAAAUUAAACAGAUUAUUUUCCAACUCCCAUCAUAUGUUUUACUUCGUUCAGCUUUCUUUUCAAAUUGUCAAUUUGCCUUCCCAUCGCACGGGAGGCAUCCUCCUCCCAUUGUCUCAUCCCCAGUUUCCUUUUAGUUGAAGAAAUCCUCUGUUUGUUCUCGUGGAAGAACUUUUUAAAGCGAGAUCAUUAAAUGGGAUUUCAUCUAUUCUUCACUUCACUUCACUUUAUUUCUUAAUUAGUCGCUCUCCAACAGAGUGCUCCGAGCGACUUACAAUUUAAAAUAUCAUUCCACAAUAUAAGAAAACAUUCAUCAUAAAAACAUUCAACCUAAAAACAUUCAACAGUGAAUAUUUGGCAAAUUAGAUCUGAUUUACUUAAAUGCACAACCAAACAUCCAAGUCUGGAGCGCUUUCCCAAAAGUUCGCAACUCAAUUAUUCUAUAUUACAAUUUACAGUAGAGUCUCACUUAUCCAACAUUAACGGGCCGGCAGAAUGUUGGAUAAGCGAAUAUGUUGGAUAAUAAGGAGGGAUUAAGGAAAAGCCUAUUAAACAUCAUAUUAGGUUAUGAUUUUACAAAUUAAGCACCCAAACAUCAUGUUUAACAACAAAUUUGAUAGAAAAAGUAGUUCAAUAUGCAGUAAUGCUACGUAGUAAUUACUGUAUUUAUAAUUUAGUACCAAAACAUCACAAUGUAUUGAAAACAUUGACUACAAAACAUUGACUACUAAAAGGCAGAUUACAUUGGAUAAUCCAGAACGCUGGAUAAGCGAAUGUUGGAUAAGUGAGACUCUACUGUAUAUGUAGAGAUACCUCUCAAUUCGAAAGGUAACUCUAUUGAAUUUACAUGGUUUAAAAAAAAUUAUAAAUUACCAUUCCUUUCUCCUCGGUUCUAAAGAUUGUGGCAGAAGAAUGGAUUCUGUUCUAUCCUUUACAAGGAAUUCCCAUCAUACAUUAAAUUUCUCAUUUUUACAUGUCUCUAUUUGGAAAAAUUUUAAAAAGAAGUUGAUUGCCAAUAGACAUAGGAAGUGUAGGAAAAAUUUUUAAGAAACUCCUUUGCAUCAAAUUCUCUUCAAAUCGGUAGCAAACGGAAGGCUAGAUUUAGAAACAAAAAAAUAUCCCACUGAUGUUGUUAAGUUGCUCAGUGAAGGGACUCAUCUGAAUCUGCGUUUCUUGGUUUGAAUUGUCUGCAACAUUGCUUCCUCGUUCGAUUUUCUGUCUUUCGGAUAAUUUAAUUAACUUUGGAAAAAAAUGAAAAUUAGGAUUGCACGCCUCUCUGCCUAGAAUCUUUGCCACUCGUGGUAAAUAGUAAUCGAGGUAACAUUGUAUAAGUCACCAUCAGUUUAUUGCAUUUUCCAAAUAGAAGACGUAGGAACAUACUGUGUAUAUAGACACAAUUAUACCCAUUAUUGACAAACAACGCUAAUAUGUACAGUUAAAUAGCAAAGCAAAAAACCAACAACAACACUAGCUGUCUAGUUCAGUUUUCUAUACAUUCUUGCAACUUUGUAAGGCAACAAUAAGAACUAGAUUCUUUGUCUCACAUUUAGAUGCGCUGAGAUUCUUUUGGACUUUUCGGGGGAUAGUUUCUGAACCAAACUUUGUCAGUUUUAUCAUCUUUGGAGAUUUUCCAUUUUUAACUCUUAAAGGGAAAAAUCAACUGUCGUACAAAGAAGUAGUCACUUUCUGGAUUAGCCAUAACCAGUGUUGUUUGUUACCACUGAAUCAUCUUGUGGGUCAAACUUUGAGAACAUAUAUAGGUCAGGAAAUGUAUUUCUUUGCCUUCUUCUUAGUGCAUUGACCUCGUGCCUUCAGGUGCCUUGAUAUGCUUUGGAAAACCUAGAAUCCUGUGAGAGGGCAAAUGGAAGAAAGAUAAUAUUUACUCCAGUGUUGGAAAAGAAAAGAAAAUGUCAUUUAGCCGUCAUCAGAUGCUUCCCCAUAAUUUGCAAAUAUACUAUCUGUUCAGAUUAA